UGAGGAAGCCUUCAUUAUUUUUUCUGUAACAAGGCACCCUUCAUUAUUACAUUUCACCAACACUCACAAAUUGAAAUUGUAUCCUAUCAAUUUUUACAUAAUCGAACCACUUACACCAAAAUACAACAUUAUUUAUCCCAACUCAACACAUAGAUAUUAUUAUUAAUAGUAAAUACCAAAUAUAUAGAAAAAGAUAAAAUAAAAUCUUGCUACUGUUUCGCCACUUAGCUCCAAUUCCAAACCCCGCAGCCAAUACCAUAUUCUCUCCUCUCUUUAAAAACUCAAUUCAUCUAUUAGCCCCCAAUCUGUGCUGCUUUCUCUCUCUCUCUCUCUCUAAAAUCGGAAACAAACAGCAAGAACGAGAACAAAGAGCUUUGGAAUCUUCAUCAAAUCCUCGAAUUCUCUUUCGCCCCUAAAACAAUGCCACAAUCUGGCUGGCGAAUCGCUCUCAUCAAAAUUUUCCAAUAAACACACACACACACACAAAUUGCACAGAUAUAGAAAGGUAAAUGAGGUGCAAGAAACACCCGGCCGACCAAAGCUGCAGCGUCGGCGUCUGCGCCUCCUGCCUCCGCGAGCGCCUCGUCGCCGUCAUCGCCGCGCAAGCGCAGGCGCACGCGCUCAAACAUGCGCUACAAGAUUGCCGCAAAUCCGACUCACAGCUGCCGCAGCCUCCCUUGUUUCCUCGCUCCGUCUCGCCCUACAUUUCGCGACGGAAAUCAGACACCGGCGCCGCCGCCGCCACGUGUCGGCCUCACGGCCACCACCACCUCUUCUACAGCACUCCUCAGCUGGGACCUCACCGCUCAAUUACGGUCGAGAUUAAGAAAAAUUCCAGGAGUAGGUUUUCUUCUCUGUUUUGGGGGAUUUUCAGAUCGAAGUCGGGGAGCAAACCGGAUUCGUGCGCCGAUCCGGUUUCCGAUCCUAUGGUUUCGAUCGAUUCUUGCUCGGCUUCUCCGGCGUGGUUCCCUAACAUCAUCCGCGGCCGCCGGAAAAAGAAGGCCUCGACGUUUUCAAACGACGACGCCGCGUUCAGAACCGGACGGAAUCGCGGAAGGGGAAUGUCGCCGGCGAGAGACGCCGAUCACGACGACGAGCAUUGCCACGGCGGAACGAGCGGUUACUCGUCGGACUCCCAAGGCUGGAGGCAGACGCCGCGAAGGACGCCAACGUCGACGCGGCGAGGCGGAGGGAGAGCGGCGUCGCACGGCAGAAGCUUAUCGAGUCUGGCGUUCUGUCUGAGCCCGCUGGUGCGGCCUAGCCCGAACCGCCACUGGAAUCAGAAGGUAGCGCCGCCCGAGGCAGCGGCUGCCGGAGACCCAAGGGCGACGCCGAAGGCACACCUCUCUACAGCGGCGUCGUUUUGCAAGAACCGGUCUCGAAAACUCGCGGAUUUCGGGCGAUACCCCUACGAUCCAACCGGUUGACUUUGACCGCUCCCGGCGUGAAAUUACGGUUUUACCCCGCGUCUAUUUUUUUAGCUUUUAGAUUUGUUCUUUGUAAUUUUUAUGUACAUUGUCCAUUGCCAAUUUUAUUUGAAAAAGGAAGAGAUAAAAAUAUUUUGUUGAGAUAUA